CACAAGAGGGCAGUGUUGUGUCCUGAAAGACUUUUAGAAGCUUUUUGGACCCAACAAAGGUGGGAUAACAUAACACACACGGUACAAGAGUCAAACAGGAAGUAGUAAAGUGGGAGCCAAGCAAAGAAACAUGGAGGAGAACACAUUCCUGGUCCUGGAGAACUUCAUCGGAGGAAAGUUUGUCCCCUGCCCGGCUCACGUUGACUCGUACGACCCGUCCACAGGCCAGGUGUACUGCAAAGUGCCGGACAGCGGCGGGGAAGAGGUGGAGGCGGCGGUGCAGGCGGCCAAGGAGGCCUUCCCGGGCUGGUCCGCUCGCAGUCCAGAGCAGAGAGCUCAGGUCCUCAACAAGCUGGCCGACCUGAUCGAGGCCCAUCUGGAGGAGUUUGCUCAGGCCGAGUCCAGAGACCAAGGUAAAACCGUGACAUUUGCACGCACUGUGGACAUUCCUCGGUCGGCGUACAACUUCCGCUUCUUUGCAUCGUCCGUGCUCCACCACACCACCGACUGCAGCCAGAUGGACCACACGGGCUGCCUCAACUAUACUGUACGCUGCCCCGUGGGAGUGGCUGGUCUGAUCAGCCCCUGGAAUCUUCCGCUGUACCUCCUGACCUGGAAGAUUGCACCCGCCAUCGCUGUGGGCAACACGGUGGUCGCCAAACCCAGCGAGAUGACCUCAGUGACUGCCUGGAUGAUGUGCAAGCUGGUGCAGCAGGCUGGUGUUCCUCCAGGUGUGGUCAACAUCGUGUUUGGAGUGGGCCCUCGUGCAGGCGACGCCCUGGUAGGCCACCCAGACGUCCCCUUGAUCUCCUUCACGGGAUCUACCGCCACAGCCCGGCACAUCACGGAGCGCAGCGCCCCCUACUGUAAGAAGCUGUCGCUGGAGCUCGGCGGCAAAAAUCCCGCCCUCAUCUUUGCCGACGCGGACCUGGACCAGUGCAUCCAGACCACGGUCCGCUCCAGCUUCUCCAACCAGGGAGAAAUCUGCCUGUGCACCAGCAGGAUUUACGUGGAGAAGAGCGUUUACUCCACCUUCUUAGAGAAGUUUGUGGCGGCCACCAGGAAGUGGAAGACCGGCGUGCCCUCUGACCCCGGUAACAACAACGGAGCUCUCAUCAGCAAAGAGCACCUGGAGAAGGUUCGUAGCUUUGUCGCUCUGGCUAAAUCGGAAGGCGCCACUGUGCACUGUGGCGAAGGCAUCGACUACCCGGACCUCCCUGAGCGCAACAUCAAGGGCUACUUCAUGGCCGCCACCGUCAUCUCGGGCGUCUCCGACAGCUCCAGCGUCAUGCAGGAGGAGAUCUUCGGCCCCGUCGCUUGUGUCAGCCCCUUCGAUGGCGAGGACCAGGCAGUCGCCAAGGCCAACGGGGUGCGCUACGGGCUGGCAGCCACAGUAUGGUCCCGGGACGUGGGGAAGGUCCAUCGGGUGGCCAGGAGGCUUCAGGCUGGCCUGGUGUGGACCAACUGCUGGCUGGUGAGAGAUCUCAACCUGCCCUUUGGCGGGAUGAAGAACUCUGGCGUUGGCAGGGAAGGAGGGAGGGAUUCCUACCACUUCUUCACAGAGGUGAAGACCGUCACCAUCAAGCAUUGAUGCGAGGACGAGCAGAGAGGCUCCCCAAAUAUGGUAUGGUAGGCGUGGCUCCGCACCCACGCGUAAGAGUCAUGCUCCUCCCCCGUUUCCAUCAACUUUGACAGACGCGACUUCUGAAUAAGGUAACAAAAAAAGUCAUAGAAACGCAUUUCCGGAAGCUGUAGUACACUUCUUCGCCACUGUGGGGCGUCAUUACCAUCCUUGCUCACACGCACACGGCGUGUUAUGUCAUAGUCAGGAUGCCAUCACUGUCUGACAAGAUGUCAAUAAAACUUUAAUGAGAGCUGCUGUAAGCAAAAACGUGGCCCCACUUGCUUAUUAAUUUAUGAUUUUAACAGGCAAGGAGUCCACUUUUAUAGUUUAUCAUCUGCACACUUUGAGCCUUCUCACUCGUCCUUAUGCUUGUAGCCUUGGUUGAAGUCCAUGUUUGUCCCCAGACCAUGUCCUUUUUGGGUAUUAAAACAGGAGGAAACAAAAAUGUCAUGAAAAUGUUGAUCAAUAUCAGCCAAUCAUAGCUGAUCUUUAUUAUCCUUGCUAAAAUAAAGUAAUCCAGGAUGUAAGAAUGGUAUAAUGUGCGUAUAUACUGUAGGUCAGGGGUCACCAACGUUUUUCCUUGUGAGAGCUACUUUUACAAAAUGAAAAUGGCCAAGAGCUACUCAUUUUUGUAACAUUUAUUUUUGUAUUGUAUUUGUAUUUGUACUUUAUUUGUCCCACAGCAGGGAAAUUGACUUGUUACAGCAGCAAGCAAGAUACACAAGUAAAGAAUACAUAGUGACUACAACAUGGUUCAGGUGGUGCAGGUGUUGUAGAGCCUGACAGCGGUCGGUAUGAAGGACCUGCGGAACCUCUCCUUCUUACACCGUGGGUGUAACAGUCUGCUGCUGAAGGAGCUGCUAAGGGAACCCACAGUGUCAUGUAGCGGGUGAGAGGUGUUGUCCAUGAUGGAUGUCAGCUUAGCCAACAUCCUUCUCUCCCCCACUUCCUCCACGGAGUCCAGAGGACCGUCCAGGACAGAGCUCGCUCUCCUGAUCAGUGUAUUGAUCCUGCUCCUGUCCCUGUUCGUGCUGCCCCCUCUCCAGCAGCCCACAGCAUAGAAGAUGGCUGAGGCCACCACAGAGUCAUAAAAGGUCUGUAAGAGAGAUUGAUGCAAACUGAAGAAGUGCGGCCAAACACGUCCCCCAACACCCUCCUAAAUGCUUGCACACUCGACACGUUGAGGGCACACACACACACACACACGCACACACACACACACUCAUACAGUUUGACACAAACCUCAUCGCAUGAGCUUGGGAUGGCGACACAUCCCACACGUAGGCUUCCAAAGCCAGCAUGUACAUCACCGAUGCAACACACACACACACUCACACAGUGAUGAACAUACCCGCACAUCCACCCACGUCUGACAUUUCGUACUGUCACAUGUUUGACUUCUUGAAAAUUCAGAAUAUAAAAAAAAACAAAAAAAGUGAGAAAAAUGUGACGGAGGAUGAUUCCAAACUAGAGCUGCAACAAUUCAUCCAUUAAUCAAUAGUUAAUCCAUGAAUCGGCAACUAUUUUGGUCAUGGAUUAAUCGUUGAUUGAUUGAAAUAUGUAAAUACCCUCUGAUUUCAGCCUCUCAAAUGUGAAUGUUUUUCAAUCAUCCAUGAAAGCAGAGCUAUUAUCUUUGUGUUUUAGGCAAACAGGAUAUUCACACACGUCAGCUUUGGCUUUGGAAAACAGCGAUGGGCAUUUUUUCCUCUUUCCUGAGAUGUUUCGGGCCCAACCGCUAACUGUAGGUGUUUGCUUCAUAUUCAUUUGGUCCAUCUACAGCAGGGGUCACCAACGUGGUGCCCACGGGCACCAGGUAGCCCCCACGACCACAUGAGGUGCCCGCAAGCCUGCUUUUCAUUCAGGUGUUCAGUUAAUAAUGAAAGAACAGUAGAAAGAAAUGCAUUGUGAAAUACAACAUGUGAGUUGUGGACACCAGCAUUUUGUUCAUGUUCUGGUAAAACAAGCAUAUUCACUUUGUUUGGCUUUAAAAUAAGCUCUGAAAAGAAAUGUUACAAAAAUGAGUAGCUCUUGGCUCUCAAAAGGAAAAACGUUGGUGACCCCUGAUCUACGGCCUAACCUAGCCCGUUACGCCAUUCAACCAAACAACAAGCGUCACAUUCACCUGCUAAGAGGAUGGUCCUGUGUGUAUAUUUGUGUAUGUUGAUUGCUUCACUGAAGCUGUUUGACAAACAUUUACAUUUUGUAUUAUUAUAGUAUUUAUAAUAUUUGGAAUAUAAUAAUAUAAUAUAAUAUUCAAGUGGCAUCCUCGUGUUUGGGGGGACAAAAAAAAAAGAGAGACAAGGACAACAGCAGCAACAACAAUUGUGACAACAAGAACAGAACAACAGAAACAUACAGAACGACAUCAGCAAAUAAAUGUCUGUGACAACUAUAAAGAUGAACAAGGACUUAAGGACAAAGGACAAAACAAUAUCAACAACCACAAUGACAAUGCUGUCAAUGACAAUCACACAUAAUAGUAGUCAUGAAAUGAUGAACUAUGAUAGUGAUCACAAUGACAAUACUGCAUUGAAACAGUCACACAUAAUAGUAGUAAUGAAAUGAUUAUCUAUGAUAGUGAUCACAAUGAUAAUACUGCAUUGAAACAGUCACACAUAAUAGUAGUCAUGAAAUGAUGAACUAUGAUAGUGAUCACAAUAACUGUAAUGCACAUCAUUGUAAAAAAAAAACUAUAAUCAUACUACUGAUAUCACCGUCGCUGUAAUAAAACCAACAACAUAAUAACACCCUGGAUAACUCAGUGAGUAAUGUGGGGAAGUACCUAUGUACUGUGAGUGUGCAUAUGUACGUGUGUACAGGUAUCUCUGUAUGUGGGGAAGACUUCAUAUAUAUAAAGGUGCAAGAAUGUGUGGGCGUGUAAUUGUCACUGAGAAUGCAUGAAAAGAAAGGGGCCGCCCUCCACCUCCCAGAGAGCCCCGCCCCAAAUAGCCAGGCCGAGCCCCCACCACCAGAAGGCCACCAGGCCCACAGGGGCAGGCAGCACAAAGAUCAGUGCCCCAAGCGCCAGCCAGAGAGCCCUCCCCCCAGGGAAGACCAGCAAGGGGCCGAAGAGAGGUAAUCCCAGCCAAGGACAGGGCGCCGGCGGGCCGGAGGACAGCCAACCCCUGAGACCAGCGAGAGAUCACACCCCACAAAGGCAGACGAGUACAGGGGGCCACAAACCGGCAGGCCCGCCCGACACCCGACACAGGGAUGCAGGAGGCACACCCUCCACCCACCCGGCGAAGGCAUGGGCGGCAGAGAUGUAUCACCCAGCACCCGACCCC